AUGGUCGUGGACGUGGACGUGGACGUAGACAUGGUCGUGGACCUUGACGUGGACGUGGUCGUGGUCGUGGACGUGGUCGUGGACGUGGACAUGGACGUGGACGUGGACGUAGACGUGGACGUGGACGUGGACAUGGACGUGGACGUGGACGUGGACGUGGACGUGGACAUGGACGUGGAUCUGGACAUGGACGUGGACGUGGUCGUAGUCGUAGACGUGGACGUGGACGUGGACGUGGACGUGGAGGACGUGGAUGUGGAGGACGUGGACGUGGACGUGGAGGACGUGGACGUGGACGUGGACGUGGUCGUGGACGUGGAGGUUGACGUGGACGUGGACGUGGUCGUGGACGUGGAGGACUUGGACGUGGACAUGGACGUGGACGUGGACGUGGACGUGGACAUGGUCGUGGACGUGGACGUGGACGUGGACGUGGACGUGGACGUGGACGUGGACGUGGACAUGGACGUGGACGUGGACGUCGACGUGGACGUGGACGUGAACGUGGACGUGGACAUGGUCGUGGACGUGGACGUGGACAUGGACGUGGACGUGAACGUGGACGUGGACGUGGACAUGGACGUGGACGUACACGUGCACGUGGAAGUGGACAUGGUCGUGGACGUGGACGUGAACGUGGACGUGGACGUGGACAUGGUCGUGGACGUGGACCUGGACAGGAGCGUGCCUGGUCCACGACCGUGCCUGGAGCUUGCCUGGUCCAUGAACGUGCCUGGUCCAGGAGCUUGCCUGGUCUAG